AUGGCUCCUCGAUCCUUUCUCAGUCUUCCGUUCGAACUACGGCACUUGAUCUAUAAAUAUUACUUCACCACGAAGCAAGGCUACCAUUUUAAUCCUACCUCACGCAAGCUCACUGCCGCCCACGGCGAGCCUAUCGACCUCGCCCUCAUGUAUACAUGCCGCUUCAUUGCUGGAGAGACCAAAGAAAUGCCUUUCCUGUACAAUCACAUCUGUUUCAAGACAUUCUAUCAAAAAGAUCUUAGCGUAUGGCUAUGCCGUUUCAAUUGGCUAGUCGCUGCCCAGUUCCGAAAGCAGAUUCAACUCCUCGUUCAGUUAAGCCCGUUUAUCACACCAGAAAUUCACUUUCGUGUUAAAGAAAGGUUUCCAUGGUUUGUUGCCAGUCUCUCCAGCGCACUCACCUACCACAACAACCCAGGACUGGAUUGGCGAGAUCGAUUCGAUAUCUGCCCCAACAACCGAGCUCGAUCUGCGCAUCGAGAAGCUAUCGAGUUCACUUUGCGGCUUCUUUGUGAAGGCUCGGGUGAACAAUUUAUAGACACUACCAAUGAGAGCCUUGUCGGUUGGGAGUAUAGCGGCGGUGCACGGCUCUCGAACUUUCUCGACAGAUGCUACGAGCCCUGGCGUUUCCCUUCAUUAUUGUCCGAUCUUGAAGAGAUGGGGAAUAGGCUUGGAGAUCACAAGGCAUGGCCUUCAAUGACUUCGUGGAAGACCAGCAUACUCCAUAACAUGCAGUAUCGCUCACGUUACCGCUUCUCUGCCGUUUCAACGGCUAUAGGUUUCCUUGAUGCCCUACCUAUCAACAAGAGGUCGUCUCUUCGCAAUAUUACCAUUCACGAAGAUCGCACAUCCGCAGGCGAACCAGAUGGCCAUGCUAUAGGUCUUAUUCCAUUCUGCCAAGAAAACGGGCGGUUGCGGAUCAAACACAAGUUUAGCAUGGUAAGAAAUAUUUUCGAGCGUGCUUACGUGUCUGAAUCUGAACAGGAGGACUGUUGGUCUCCAGAGAUCAUGUUCAGAUUCGCAGGUAAGAAUCUGUACACCGUGGUUGGUAACUGCCUGGCAGAAGCCAUGUAUCUCCCAGACGCUGGUAUGCCUGAUGGUUCCUACACCCUGCUCCUGGAUGGGGAAGAUGCCGGGGAUCUGUGCUCUGCGUUCUUCCAACAAGAGGUCCUCAAGAAAGAGGAUAGGCGGCUGGUCCUGGACCGUGCUCUAAAAGAAGGUCCCAAUAGCGCUUGGGGGGACGAUUACUUAUACGAGAUGAGGUUGCUCCUCAAAGGGCAUGCCGGCGCCCUGGCGCAUCUCUGCAAUAAGACGUCGUUCUUCGAGUCGAAUUUCUAUCCUGGGCAUCUGAAUAACGUAGACGCAUUGAUGGCGCACUACAGGGGAGUUGGGUUGGAGCGCUGCAUAGCUGAACUUGUCUUUGGAGAUAUGGAGUAUGACUACGACUUUGAGUCAUUCAGUCAUGUCCCCAACUGGGGCCCGAUGGUGAUGGAGAACUUUGAGUGGCGGAAACUGCCUGAGGACCGGCCUAUGCCAUAG